UUGGGGCAAGCCUAUUUUCACGGUACCCUGGGCCUCGUGAAAUCGGCGAAGAAAGCCGCGAAGCUCUACAAGCGCGCCGUAGAGGGUGGCGACCCGGACGCGAUGGUGAACCUCGGGUCCAUGUACUGCGCGGGCCAGGGCGUCAAGUUGGACCGGAAGAAGGGGAGACAGCUGAUUCGCAUGGCCGCGGACCGAGGCUAUGCGAUAGCGCAGUACAAUCUCUCGAACUUUGAAGGCUUGAGUGUCGAGGAAUCCUUGAAGUACCUGCAGCUUGCGGCUGAUCAAGGUCUUUCACUGGCAGAGCGCGCGCUCGGGGAUCGGUUUGAACGGGGAGACGGAGUGCAGCGCGAUCUCGAAGAAGCGAAACGAUGGUGGGAUCGUGCAGCCACCAGGGCCAAGAAUCCCGGCAUUCUCCACUACGACGGC